UCCGCUUUAAAGACGAAGCAGCGUCCUGCACUAGAGUGUCGCUGUUCACAUACCGAGCCGUCGUCAGAUCAGAUCCGCCUUCAGCCCCGACUCCAGGCGGCUGGAUCUGCCGCUCUGUGCGCACCGCUGGAGGAAAACACGCAAUCUGUACUUAUUUUUGGAGGGAUUUUCUUUUAACGUUUUACCGGAACUUUACGCAGGAAAACCAUCGGGUUACACGUGCGUGCUCUGGUGGCUGACUCUAAAACCACUUUGCAUUCUCUCCUAGACCCCACUUGUUGAUGGGGCACCGAGGGGCUCUCCCUCAAUUCUUAUGUGUAAUCUGGAUCUAACUCUGUCCGACGGGGGAAGUUUCGAGCAGCGCGGUUUCCUGACAGAUGGCUGCGAUGGGAGGUGAUCGGUAACAGCCCUCGGCAUCGGAUUACACAGUCAGGCUGCUGCCAGGUAAAGCAGCAGGAUGGGAAACCAGAUGGACAGGCUGUCACACCUAAGUUAUGCAGAAGUUCCGACGGUGGACCCGAACGGCGUGGAUACGGACGACGGUCCGCGGAUCGGAGUGUCUUACAUCUUCUCAAGCGACGACGACGAGCUGGAAGACGGAUGCGCGGUGGAUGGCGGAGAGAAACGCGCAAACGAGGAAGAGAAAAACUAUGAUCAGCGCGACGAGGUGGAGUGCGCUGUCUACAACAGAGAGGAGUGCAUCUAUGAGAAGAGCGCGAAGUGCGCAAACCUGGAAGUCUACUCCCCGGAGAACCUGCUCAACAAGUGCAAGGCGGGGGACCUGGUGGAGUUCGUGGCCACGGGUCAGUACCCGCACUGGGCCGUGUAUGUCGGGGACUUCCAGGUGGUGCACCUGCACAGAGCCGAGGUUAAAAACAGCUUUCUGACCGACGCCAGCCAAGGGAGGAGGUGUCGGAUCGUAAACGACUGGUACAAACUGAAACCCCUGUGCGCAGAAGUGGUGGUGCAGAACGCGAUGGAGCAGGUGGGGCUGAAGGACCGGGAGUUGUGCUGGAGGAACUCGGAGAGCUUCGCCGGUUGGUGCAGGUUCGGCAAGAGGGAGUUCAAGAUGGGCGGGGAGAUCCGGAUCGGCAAGCAGCCGUACAGACUGAAGGUGUUUGUGUCUGACAAACAAUCCCACGUGUUGGAGUUUCAGAGCUUGGAGGACGUGAUCAUGGAGAAACGGAGGAACGACCAUCUGGGCAGGACAGCCGUGCUGCGGGAGCUGGCGGCGCAUUUCAGAGGCGUGGAGGAGAUGAAAAGUGAGAUGGGAGCGGAAUGAUGUCAGUUCCUCAACAUAUCUGUUACACUGAUCUCCUGAAUCCGUAGCAAUCCUCUUUAAUUUUUCAGGCCUUUGCAAAAAAAAAAAAAAAAGCAUUCACACCCCUGAAAGUUUUACACACAGUGUCACAUUGCAGCCAAGAAACUAAAUGUGUAUUGGGGAUUUCUGUUGUAUAGACCAACUCAAAGGAGCACAUAAUUGUGAAGUAGAAGGAAAAUCGUACAUAGUUUUAAAAUUUUAAACCAAAAAUAUCAGAAAUGAAAGACUUAUUCAUUUAGCCUCGUCAAGUUCCCUAUACAUAGGAUUACAAAAUUAGUCUAGAAAUUAUGUUUUUGACCUGGAUGCAAAAGGAUAAAUCUAUGUUUUUGACCUGGAUGCAAAAGGAUAAAUCUAACCAGACAUACCUCUGAAUACCAUACCCACUGUCAAACAUGGUAGUGGCAGCUUCAUGCUGUGGGCCUGUUUAGAUUUAGCAGGGAGAAGGAUUUGGUCAUGGUUAAUGAGGAGCUGAAUGGCGGUCAAUGCAGGACAUUCAAAUCACAGAGAUGUUUUAGAAUGGCCCAGCCAAAGUCAAGACCUUAAGCUAACUACAAUUAUGUGGCAAGACUUGAAAACUGGUGCUCUUAGAUCUUCUCCAUCGAAUAUGACUGAGGUUGAGCUAUUUGGUAAAAAUAAGAACAGUUAGCAGAGACAUGACCAAGAUUUUGCAGCAAAGUAUUUAUUCAAAGGGUUGAAUCACUUUCUGAUGGGAAUACUGCCAUUCACUUUCCACUUCACAGUUAUGGACUCCUUUGUGUUGGUGUAUGUUAAAAUAAUAACCAAGCAAAUUGAAGUCAGUGGUUGUAAAGUCUCUACAUUUGAAAACAUUUAAAGGGUAUACAUUUGUUUGCAAGGCCCUGUAUGAAUAACUUCAGCAUUUAGUUGAUACAUGGACAUAUUUUUGCUCCGAGGUUUUUUUUUUUUUUUUAAAGUUUAUAAUUUAAUUGCCUUAAAGCCUCAAUCAUCAUUUCACAACUCAACUUUGACAAAUGAAAAUGACUGAAUCAGCUGUUUAUUUUUGCUACAAAAUGCUCUCCGCUCAUAGAAUGUAGUUUUAUAAACGCAAAUUCAUCCCAACGUGUUUGGCAGCAGGAUGAACACAUUCCUUCUAUUUAUAGAUUGUCUCAUUACUAGAUCCAGUUGAGAUUUUAGUUCGUGUCUCAGCUCUCUCAGACUGCUGUGGAUUUUAUUUUUCAGCCUUUUUGGGUGGGUCCAACCCACAUGUGGAGGAAAUGUUGUGGAGCAUUGUCUGUUAAACUGAUCAAAGUCUGUGUUAACUGUUCCCAAAGUUUGAGUAAAUCAUGAGUCACUAA